CACACAGGAAGUGGGAAUUUCAAAAUUUUACAAACAGAAAAAGGUGGAUACAGCAGCAAAAAUCCUCUUUUGAUGCACCAUUUGUUUUUGAUGGAACAGAAUUGGGCGGCUAAACAAACAACACUUUGUGACAGCCUUACCUUAGGAAAACGUCACCUUACACAACUUAUAAACGUAUCAAUUGCAGUAUUUCCUAUCAUAAUCAAUCAUGAUUAAACGAUAUACUCUUGCGUCAAUCAACGCAUUGACCAACUCAAGGUACCUAUUGACAAAAUGGCGCAUGUUAAUUGCUGGAAUGGCAAUUCUAAUCAUCCUGAUGUACCUGCAGAGACAAAAUUGUAGCGAUAACCUUGAGUUCUACAAGUCUUUGAAGUUUGAGGAGCACACACGGAGAACAGGCGAAAUGGAAACUAUAGAGAGAGACCAGGAUUUGCAAAUGGUGCGUGGGGAUCACAUUCGGACCAUAAGCGAGGACGAAAUGAUUUUGGAAAAAUACAAGAAGUACACUAGGACACAUAAUAUAACUGUCACUAUGUUUACUACAUUUUCGGAUCGUGAAGAGAAGAGAUACGCUAUACAAAAUAAUACUAUCUUAAAUUGGCUUCAUCUGCAAAACGUCCAUUUUAAACUAGUCCUUUUUUCAAAGAAUAAAGCAACUGGGCAUUACCAUCUACAGCGCGUGGAGAUAUUCAAAAAGCGACUGCGUCAACGGGACACAAAUAAGCAAACGCAAGAGAAAAAGAUGAAAUACAAGGAUAUAAAGGACUACUUCGCAGACUCGAAUGCAUUAUACAGAUCGAAAAGUUAUACAAAGAACAAUGCUUAUUACCAAACUUGGGAUAUUAUUCCUUUGGAUGAUUAUAGAAAUUUGACAACUUAUGGAAGACCAAUCUUAAAACAGAUGUACUUGGAGGUGCAGAAGCGUUAUCAUUCGGACCUUUAUAUGUACGUCAAUGGAGACAUUCUUUUUCAUGCCGAAUCACUCCUUCAGACGCUCUACGGAAUAAAACAAUUCGUAGACAACCCAAAAACUAAAAAGGACAAAUGGCUGAUAUUUGGAGGGCGAAGGGAAGCACACUUUUACAACACAGACGAAAAGUUAACUCGUUUUCUUUAUUUUGGCGACGAUGCCGAAAUUAAAGACGUAUCCUUUAGGGCGCAAGUAUUAAAUCAUAACGCCCUUGAUUUCUUCAUCUGCGGCAAAAAUAGCUUUCCGUGGGUUGUUGUCCCAGACUUUGUCGUAAGUCUACUCUAUUUCGAUCACUGGCUCGUUCUCUAUAGUAACAAGGUUGGCAUAGAAACGUUCGAUAUAACAGACACAUCACCAGCGGUGCAUCAAAAUGGAGUAAGCAAGGUGAAGGACUAUAAAUAUGCCAUGGCGGAUGACCUUAACACGUUUCUAUUCAAAAGCGCCAUCGGUGUAAAGAAAUGCACUUUUGAUAAUAACCAGGCGAAACUCGACUGCACGAAACAGAAGUCCACUCGUCUACGAGUGGGUGAAGAGGAAGCUAUUGUCGUUAUCGAAAACAGCCAGUUUAACACUAUUGGAGACGUUGGUUGCAUUUACCCAUGUCCGCUUAUGGCAGCAAUUCUCGGGCCAAUGGUUUAACAAGCUUGGCACCUGGAACGAAGCUACCCAUGAAGUGGAUGGGGCUAUUGCCUCGCUGAUAUGUCAUAAAACGAUAAAUUGUAUUAGAAAGGAUCAGGCGAUUCAGAGAAAAACAUGAUGCAACCCCAAAUGACAUCUCAGACUUUAUGAUUGAAAACACAGUUGAUGAAUUGAUAUUAUUUUGCUUUAUGUAUGUAUUUUAUUAUGUAUUUUGCUAUAUUUAUGUAGAUCUUAUGAAAAUGGUGGCAUUCACAUGUAAAUAAAUUUGAACUACAGUUCUAUGGUUGCAUUCCAAUGUAUUUCAUGUAUUUAGCCAGAUCGGGAAUGGUGGCAUUACCAUUUAUAUUAAUUGGAACUAAGGUACAUACUGACAUAAAAAU